AGCGUAUCGGUAAGAUGUUCACAUGCAUCGUUUACAUCGUUUAAAAUUUAACUCGGCGUGGUCGGAGCUGGUUCAAUUUACCGAGCUUUAUUUAUUGAAAACACACUGUUGCGUAGAAGACUUUUAUUAAACAGAAUUACAUGCAAAGUUCAGUGAAUGAAAUAAAAUAGAAAAAGAAGAUGCAACAUCAGAAGUAUUUCGUUGUUUCGAUUUAUUUACUUGGACUGCUGGGAUUUGUUUCGAGCCAAAAAUGCAGAGAGACCUGUCAGCCUCCGGAUUGCUCAUGUCCAAGGUUCAGCUACCCGAUGGACAGGCACGAAAUUCCGCAGAUGGUCUACUUUGGCUUCGACGACGCAGUGAAUCCAGUGAUGUCUUCGUUGUACGAUAAAAUAUUUAUUGAUGAGAGAACAAAUCCAAACGGAUGUCCGAUUAAAAUGACUUUGUUUAUAUCUCAUCAAUAUACGGAUUACAACAGAGUGAAAAGGUUUUAUGAAAACGGCCAUGAAAUAGCAGUUCAUAGUGUCACCCACUCCGCUAUUGAUAAUGAGAUAAUAUUGAGAAAGGAGGCUAAAGAACAGAAGGACAAUUUGGUUAAAUUAGCAGGAGUUUCACCGGAGGAUAUCGUAGGAUGGAGAUCGCCGUUUUUGAAGCCUGCUGGGAACAGUCAGCCGAAAGUCCUGAAAGAGCUAGGUUACGAAUAUGACAUAUCAUUGACGUAUUCUAGACCUCAUUUGGACGUUCCAAAACCAUGGCCCUUUACUAUGGACAAUGGCUGGCCAUACAAAUGCGGCGUACCCCCUUGUCCUACUGGAGCCCGCGUUAAAAACUUCUGGGCCGUCCCUGUCGUAAGCUUGAUGGACCACAAAGACCAGUAUCCAUGUUCCUUCGUGGAUGGUUGCGUAGUUCGAGCAUCCAGUGAGAACAAUGCGUACAAGUACCUUAUGGACAAUUUCAUGUCAUAUUACAACACUACACGGACACCCUUUGGUCUGAACAUGCACGCUGCAUGGUUCUACACGCGCUACAACCUCAAGGCGAUGAUUCGUUUUGUGGAAGACAUUGGCAAGCUGGACGAUGUAUAUGUGGUAACAGUCAAACAAAUGCUUGAUUGGAUGAAGAACCCGACUCCCGUAUCCAACAUUAAGAAUCUAAAGUCAUGGCAGUGUUCUGACAAACCAGCAGCAUCUGACGGCCUUGCAGUCUCUUCUCCGCUUCCUGCUACGACCCGCAGGCCAUUUACUCGCCACCCCCUAAACCAAAUACCCACGAACAACCAGUGGCCGAUCCCGAUGGAGUGGAGAAACCAGAUUAGCAGGAACAGACCAUUUGUGCAAGUUCGGACCGCUCCCAGAUCAACACCCACUACAAAAAUCACGCCUAAACCGACGACUACUACGACAACCACUACUACACCUAAACCGACAACAACUUCAACCACAACCACCACCACCACCACCACCACAACAACAACACCUAAACCGACAACAACUACCACAACCACACCUAAACCGACAACGACUACCACAACCACAACGAAGCCCACUACUACAACUACAACUCCCCAAACCACUACGACCAUAAGAACAACCAGAACACCGAAACCAACUACAUCAACAAGCGAAGCAACCGAGCUCAUCGAAAAUGGUCCCAUUGAGGACCUAUUUGGUCACAUUUCUGAUUUUGAAAUACCAAAUAAUCCUCCUCGACCAGCCGCGCCAGCUCUGCCUUGGUGGAAAUCUGUAGUUGAUACCUCAGCGAUAGACAACGAAGGAACUUUAUGUAUCCAAGGACUAAAUUGUCACCUUCCAAAUUGCUUCUGUCAGGGAACUAUCGUUCCAAAUAACAUGAAGUUAAGCGACAUACCUCAACUAGUUUAUUUGACGAUUGAUGGGUCUGUCAAUGCACCUCUUUACAGACGGUACAGACAGUUUGUAAUCGGCAAGCGAAACCCGAACGGAUGUCCAGUUCGAGGAACAGUCUUUGUCACUGGCAUGGGUUCCCGUCCUCGCCUUAUCAAAGCACUGAAAAACAUUGGAGCUGAAAUAGCUUUACGUGGAUUACACCAGCAUCACUACGAUACCGCAAAACACCUCGAAGUUGAGCUAAAGGCACAGAUAAGAGCAAUGAAGACUCUCAAUAUAACAGCAGAGGGCUGGAAGACUCCAGAACUAAAGGCACUCGGAAAUGACCAAUUCAGUCUUUUACAGGAGAAUGGUAUGAAGUACGAUACGACCAUUUUAGAGAGUGUACCGAAAGCGGGUGAAUUCAAGCAUUGGCCGUACACUCUUGACUACAGCUACAAUGGUGACUGUACAGUCCCCAUUUGUCCUACAAAGAAAUUCCCAGGAAUCUGGGAGCUACCCUCAAACUCCCUACAUGACUACAGAAAAAUGUUCGAAUGUGCCUACAUUGACGGCUGUAUGUUCAACCCUCCUACCAUGCUUCACACCGAGAACUUCCUUUGGGAUAACUUUAUGGAAGGCUAUGAGACAAAUAAGGCACCUUUUGGUAUACAUUUGCGACAAGUCUGGUUCUCGCACCCAGCAUACAGGGAUAACCUGCAGGGACUCAUGAAUUUUAUAGACAAACUUUUAACGCUCAAAGAUGUUUACCUAGUCAGUGCAGGCGAUGUAAUCACAUGGAUGAAAAAUCCAGUUGCAGUAAAGGACAUGACGAACACUACUCCUUGGAACUGUGUUUGAGAAAUGUAUGCAAACCGACAUAACUCGAUCCUUUUUAGGUAGAAUUAACUAUUUAAGGUCCUACCAAUGGAGGGAAAACUAUAAAAUGUCAUGUUUGUAUUUAUCAAUGGUGAAAACAAGCUUUAUUACUUCGAACAUUUAUGUAAAGAUGAUAUGAAAACGCCUAAAGAUGCGCAUAUCAAUGCAUCCGUGAUAAACCUUUGAACUCGGACAGACUGCACAAGCAUCAUAAAACGAUUUAUUAUAAAAUGGGGGUUGCCGGCUUGGGACGGUCUAUUAAAAUGACGGGUCUGUUGUCAGAACAGAACCAAUAUUUUAUUGUAAACUCUUUUACAUGUAACUGUUUUUAAAUAGAAAUACCGGCAUAUGAUGCUUAGCAACGGCAUUGAACGGUGUCAUGACAACGAUACAUUUCUUCAUAUCGUUGUACCGUGCACACUAGACAACGUCAAAAUCAUAUUCACAAAGCAAGGCAAAAAUAAAACAAAUUCCCCUUUAUAUAGGUUACAAUUUUAAAUGUAGUCAUAAGCAAAUCGUUCGUAACAAUUGAAAUCAAAUGAUGUCAUAGCUUGUUGGUUCUUCGUUACUUAAUCUGCUUGCAGAAUAUUGUCUAUCUGCAUGUGCAGAAUAUGGUCUAUCUGCAUUUGCAGAAUAUGGUCUAUCUGAAAGGGCAGAAUAUGGUCUAUCUGAAUGUUUGGUUGGUUGAAUGAAAUACAUAUUUAAGUACCUGUACUCCUUUCUUUGUUAAUGUUGGUGACGUUUGUGUACAUUAAAUGAGUAAAUUAGUAAAAACAGGUGCUACUGAUUAUACUAUUUAUUAAAGGAAAUAACACAUUGACACAUAAUUAAUAUUAUCAUUAUACAUGUAAAUUAUCAUCAGUCUAAAUAUGAGCGAUCGUCAUAACCAGAGUGGAACAUAGUUUAUGAUACUUGUACGUUAUUUAUUCAAUAUCAUUAAGGAGGAUCUGAUGGUGACACUUUGUUUAGAAAUAAUGAUACAUGUAAUAGGGCAUCAUCAACAUAAAUUUUAAGUUAUUAACAUGCUUAUUGAAAUACCCUUGUACAUACUUAGUUUGAUUCCGUUGCUGUAAAAUUGCAUUUGCGAACUAUUGCAUGUUUUAAAACAAAUAAAGAAAUUCCCACUC